AUGACCACGGCGGCUUUCCAAGCAUCGACGGCACCUAUCAGUCUACCUCCCAUCAGCAGCAUCGACUUUCACGCCCACGUUGCGCAUCGGUCGUCUCCAGAAGUGGUACAACCGCUGCCACCACCUCCGCCUGCAGCGCCACGCGUACUACCACCACUUCCAUAUCCCUAUGCAGCACGACCUGCACCUCCGCCUCCACCUCCACCUCCGCCUCGGAUUCCUCACGACUAUUUACACGCACGGCCUAUAUACCCAGGCAUUCCGUCGAGUUACCAGCCGAUGCCCGCGCGUAUCCCUUUGCCUUCAACAACGGAUCCCCACCUGAUCGUCGCUCCCACGAGGCACAAGGCUAAGGAAGUCAAGAGACGGACCAAGACAGGAUGUUUGACUUGUCGUAAACGGCGCAUCAAGGUGAGU